GGUGACAUUUGGAGAUACUGAAGAUGUGGAGUGGGCUUCAGAGGAGACUGUGGCAACAUCAUGUGGUACCAGCAGGGCAGUGUUUUCAGUAUGUGCACAUGAAAGUUGGAGACCGAGCAGAGCUCAGCAGAGCCUUCACAAGGCAGGAUGUAGCUACCUUCUCAGAGUUAACGGGAGAUGCCAAUCCUUUGCAUUUAAGUGAAGAUUUUGCAACACACUCCAAGUUUGGAAAGACAAUUGUUCAUGGGGUUUUGAUAAAUGGACUUAUUUCAGCUCUCCUGGGCACCAAAAUGCCAGGGCCAGGCUGUGUGUUUCUUUCCCAGGAAAUUAAAUUUCCUGCUCCUCUCUAUAUUGGAGAGAUGGUUUUAGCAUCUGCAGAAGUGAAGCGGCUGAAGCAGUCUGUUGCUGUUGUUGCAGUGUCCUGUUGUGUAAUAGAAAGUAAGAGGACCGUUAUGGAAGGCUGGGUUAAAGUGAUGGUCCCGGGAGCGCCCAGAUCCUGAAAUACAAAGUUAUACAUUUAAA